AUGGUUUUGAAAUCUUCUAAUUAUUUAGGCAGUAAAAAUGAAUGUGAAAAGGAAGCAAAUCGUUUUGAUAAAAUGUGGUCGAGUGAGGGUGAAAUGGCUGAUUUAAGUGCUAAUGAAGAUAUUUUAGAAACGAAAGAUACAGAUGAUGAUGAAUUAGAUUCGUGUGAUAAUUAUGUCGACACAUUAGGACAUGAUGUAGAAAUGAAUAUUAAUAAUUCAUCAUCAAAAAUAAAAAAAAAUAAAACAUUGAAUGCAAAUACAGGAAAAGUAGACAAAAAGAAGAAGAAAUCAAAUUAUUUUGAUGAACAAACUGCUACUAUGAGUUGUAUUGAUAAUGAAAAUGUUAAUCUACAAAAGCUAGAUCGACUAACAACAACAACAAUGUUAUGUGAUAUAUCAAAUAUUAAAAACAAUAAGCACGGUAUAAUAUCAGAAUUAUAA